GACUCCACGCCCAGAAAAGGAGACGUUUAAAAAACACUCAGUGAGUUGGCGUGAACGAUGGACGACGACGCGUACUCGUACGCUCUGGUCGUGGAGCUCGAAGAAAACAACGUUCCCAGACUUAAAAACAAACUAGUUAAGUAUUUCCAGAGUAAAAAACGGGCCGGCGGUGGUGAAUGUAAAAUUCAGUAUGAGGAAAGAAGCAGGACCGCGGUGCUGCGUUUCAGGAGGGAAGAAGACAGGGCGAGGGUUGUGGCUCAAGAAACCCAUGAGAUCGUCCUGGACGAAGGGAGGUUAAAUGUGACCGUGCACUUGCCUGAGGAGAGUCCCGGGAGGCCUCAGUUGACAACCACUUCCAACAAAGAACAAAGCAACCCGGAUGGACGUGCAGCGGAGGAGGAGACCCAGGUUGAGGCGGUGAGCAGGGAAGAAAAGACAGAAGAGCCAGCAUUGGGUUCCACCUCCGCUGUCUUAGAAAACGUUCCCCAGGACAAGGGCAAGGAGUUCAUGGAGAUGUUGGUGCUCAACAUCUGCAAGAACUUCAAGUCACCGCUGACCACCCAACCUGAAUUCAGUUUGGAGAUGCUCUCCGACACAUGCUCCAUUGUGGUUACUUUCUCAAGUGCAAAAGAAAAUAAUGAGUUCAUUACAAGCUGCAAGACAAACAGGACCUUCUUGAGCAAUAAAUUAGCUGUCAGAGCUCUGGAAGUCACAUCCCAAGUCAAAGUUGAGGAUGUGUCAAACAUCAAGGAAGAUGUCCUCCUGCUGUACUUUGAGAAUGGAGGUUGGGAAGUUGAACAGGUCACCGCCGAUGAAGAGGAACAGUCUGCUGUCAUCUUAUUCAAAAUGGCUACAGCUGUUCAAGGGAUAAUCAAGAAGGAACAUUGCAUCGGGAAGAAAUGGGUCAAAGUUUUUCCAUUUUACGACUCCUUGGGAACGGCUCUUUAUGGCAAAGACCGACCCACACCAAAACUACCCGCUGCCUUCUCUCAAAGCAUAUAUUCCUCGCUCUUGAAGUACCUCCACCAGAAUCAGGAAGCAGCAGAGAUGGUUUGCGGUCACUUGUCAGCACUCUUCUGCAAGGUAGACCUCCUACCCUCAUCUGUGAGUUUCAGCCCUCUUCCAGCACUGCUCGAGCAGAAAGAUGUUAAAGCCAAAGACAUCAAACAGUGGAAACAAUCAGUGGAGCAGGCCUUCACACAGGUCUUGUCCAGGUUCAAAACUCUGAAGCUUCAGCCUCCAUUAUCAGCAUGGGAAGAGUGUGAAGCGCAGGUCAGAGAGAUUGUUUUAGACAAGACCGUGGAAAUCAUCGCUGAGGAAGCUGAUGGUACAUUGUCAGUGGUCGGCCUUGUGGACGAUGUGACCAGACUAGAGCCCACAUUGAAUGACCUCUUGACCAGGAUUGAGAAAAGGUUACUGAGGGAGAAUUCAAGUAUUACACAGGAAUUUAAGAUAUCCAAAGUUAUGUUUCACUUACUCUGUCAAGAUGGCCUAGUUGACCAAUUGGAAGGUUUUUACCCAGAACUGGAAAUAUCAUUUCAAGAUAAAAUGAUCUUAAAUGGUUUUCAACAGGAGGUUAACAGAGCAGUUAAUCUGGUUUUUAACAGAGUGAUGGCGGUAAAACGGCAGAAGCUCGAGUUGGACAACGCCCUUUUCCAGUUUUUGAAGGAUAACGAUGAGGAAGAGCUGACAAAAAUUGUCUUCACAUCUAAUGGAAUUCAUGCAGCAGUUGAGAAAGAUGAUACAAGCCUGAGCAUCAUUGCUGUUUCAGACAACGUUCUGAGAAAGGCUGAAGAUCAACUGAAACAAGUGCUGACCUCUAAGUACAUUGAUACUAGUGAUAGUUAUGUAUUGAAGAAGCCGGAGUGGCAAAACCUCGUCAAAUGUUUGGAAGAAGGCAACAAUACAACCUCGAAGAAGAUUGUUAUUACAACAUCCAGUAAUCAUCAAUUAGAGAGAGUAACAGUAGUUGGCUACAAGGAUAGUGUAAUACCAGCUUUCAAAGAAAUUAAGGAGCACCUCCACAAGUAUUCCCAAGUUUUUGAAACUCAUAGGGUCAAGUCUGACACUAUUGUCAGUUAUAUUACAACUCAAAACAAUACCUGGUAUGAAAAAGGGAAGGACAAAGUGGAAAUUUAUUUUGAGAAGGAGGCUGUUAACUUCAGAGGUCCUAGAGAAGAUGUCAUGAAUUGUAAAAGCAUCCUAGUUUCCAUGAUCUCUAAAGUUUGCUUUGAGGAAUAUCAACUCCCCCAGCCUGGGGCAAAGGAAUUUUUUCAAGAAGAAAAAGAUAUGUAUGUUUCUACAUUAAAGAAGGAAACCGGUUGCUUAGUCCAGUUGGUGGAGGCUAGUGGACAAAAUGACCUGCUACGCUCCAGGCCCAUACACAAUCUUCAAACACCGGACGGCAUUGAUAUAGUUGUUAGUAAAGCUGAUCUAUGUAGCUACCCAGUAGAUGCCGUGGUAAUCAAUUCGAAUAAGAGCUUGAAACUUCAUGGAGGUAUUGGAGGAGCAUUUGUGGCUGCCGCUGGCUCUUGCUUGCAGGAGGAGUGUGAUAAAAUCCAAAUCCAGGGAGGGGAGCUGAAGCCAGGAGACAGUGUAAUUACUGGUGCAGGGGGUCGGCUCCAAUGCAAAAAAGUAAUCCACGUGGUGGGGCCCCAGUAUGAUCCAUCUAACCACCAGAGGACAGUGGGGCAGCUGAGAAGAGCUGUUAAAGGAAGUCUAGAACUUGCUGAGAUGAGUGGCUGUCAAUCUCUGGCCAUCUCUGCCAUCAGUGCCAACAUGGGGUUCCCAAUAGACCUGUGUGCCGACACCAUCAUCAAAGUGAUGAAGGAACAUUGUGAGGACCACUUUGGUCAAAACCCCCUGAAGCAGAUCCAUUUUGUGAGCUUGGAUGACCAUGCAGUUCAAGCUUUUGAGAAAGCUGUGAGAGACAAGUUUGGAAACCAAGGAAGAAUUGGUUCUCGACAGAGUGUUCCUGACAAACAAAAUAACAACUCUUCCAAACCACUGGGGACCGAUGUAGGAAUGAGGAUACAAUUAGGGAAUAUUGAAGAUGCUAAGACCCAGGUGGUUGUGAAUGUUGUGGGAAAAGAGCUUGAUCUGGAAAAUGGAGCCGUUUCCAAAGCUAUUCUCAGUGCAGCUGGACCAAAACUUCAGUAUUUGGUCAAUGAACAGAGGAAAACAGGAGACAUUGGUGAUGUUAUCGUUACGGACGGUUGCAAACUGAAAAGCAACUGUGUUUUUCAUGCUGUAGUCCCUGCUUGGGACAAGCAGGGCAACGCUCUCAAGAUAAUGAGAGGGAUUGUUGCAGACUGCUUGAACAAGGCAGAGAAACAUGGUCUUACCUCCAUAUCCUUCCCUGCCAUUGGAACUGGAAACCUGGGCUUCCCCAAAGACCGUGCAGCAUCUGUAAUGAUGGAGGAAGUCUCAAAGUUUUACAAACAGCCACGGUGCUUGAAGACGGUGGUCAUUGUCCUCUAUCCGAAAGACCAAGAGACCAUCCAGGUUUUCACAGAUGCAUUCAACAAACAGCUCCCGACAACAACAAAUGUUCCAGCCCCUACCAAGUCUAAGUCAAGUCUCUUCUCCAAAGUCACCUCAGCUUCGGGGCGGCAUGAGAUUACAAUCGGACAUGUUAGAGUACAGGUUGUGUCGGGGGACAUCACCAAGGAGAAAACUGAUGUCAUCGUCAACUCUUCCAACGAAUCAUUCACCCUCAAGUCAGGAGUGUCCAAGGCAAUUCUGGACGCAGCUGGUCCAACUGUAGAAAAUGAAUGUAAUAAACUAGGUGGACAGCCCAACACAGGAAUGAUAUUGACUACGCCAGGAAACCUGAUGUGUAAAAAGAUACUCCACUUGGCCGGACGCAGCAACCCCCAGGAUAUCAAAGAUACAAUGAAAGAUGCUCUUGUAUUGGUUGAACGAAAACAAUACACUUCUAUCUCUUUUCCUGCUCUGGGUACAGGUAAAGGUAAUGCCCAGGCAGGGAAGGUGGCUGAUGCCAUGUUAGAUGCAGUGGUGGACAUGGUGUCACAGAGUGCUCCGGGUAGCCUGAAGGAGGUUCGCAUCAUCAUAUUCCAACAGGCCAUGAUGAAGGACUUCAUCAGUAGAAUGGAGAAGAAAGCAGGCUCGGACAAGCACAACAUUUCGCUAUUUGGAAAAUUGAAAGGCGGCAUCUCAGCAUUUUUAGGUGGAGGAAGGGAAGCCAAGCCACAAAAACAUUAUGACUUUUCCUCUCAAGAUCGCAAAAUUGAGCCGGCCCACUUCCACAUAUGUGGUAGUUCACAGGCUGAAGUAAACAAAGCGAAAACAUGGAUCAAGGAUCUGAUAUCCAAGGAGCAUACCAAUAGCUCCAUUAAAGACAGAGCGAUUCUCAGUUUAUCCGAUUCAGAUAUCCAGCGCAUUAUGGACAUUCAGAAUACCAUGAACGUUAGUGUGCAGAUUGAACCUAACGAUGCCUGUAUCAACAUAGAGGGGCUCACAAAAUACAUGUAUAAGGCCAACAAUGAAAUACAGGAGAUUUUGAAGAAAGUCAGAGAUGAAGAAGAGAUCAAGAAGAUUCUAGAAACCGUUGACUGGCAGUACCAGCUUCAGGGGUUUCAAUUCCAGAACUUUGACGACAACUCCAAAUUCCUGCUUGAGCAAGCUCACCACAACCAGCAGCCUCAUAUAGAUGUAGACAUCCAGGGCCGAGUGCACAAGGUUGAUGUGCCAAAUAGAACUGCCACCGACAACCAAGGCAACAGCAUUGAUAUCAGACGCCAUGACUUGCUGAAAGAUCAAGAUGUUGUAAACUUGCCAAAGCACUGGGAAACAAUGCCAAGCGGCACUUCAUGUCAAAGUUUCACCGUCCUGCCCGAAACUCCGGAAUAUGAUGAAGUACUACAACUCUUCAAGGCCACAGUCCAACGAAAUGUUAUUAAGAUUGAAAGGAUUCAGAAUUCCUUUUUGUGGAAGAGUCUUCAACUUAAAAAGGCUGAUAUGGAAGCAAGAAACGGUCACCAGAACAACGAGAGGCAACUCUUCCAUGGAGCCUGCUCAACCUCUAUCCAAGAUAUCAACCGAUACGGUUUCAACAGGAGUUACGCAGGAAAGAACGCUGCCCACUUUGGCAAUGGCACAUAUUUUGCUGUCAAUGCAAAUUAUUCUGCCCAUGAUACUUAUUCUAAGCCGGAUGCCCAAGGGCAGAAGUGUGUGUACCUGUGUCGUGUUCUGACGGGAGAUUUUACCACGGGAACUCGGGGCAUGGUCGUGCCUCCAACAAAACCCUCCUCCUCUUUGCAGUAUGACAGUGUUGUCGAUCGUCUCAACCGCAUUCAAAUGUUUGUCAUUUUCCAUGACACUCACGCUUGUCCGGAAUAUUUGAUAACAUUCAAUUAGGAGAAGACAUGAGAGAGAUCGCCAAAUUAUGAUUCUUUACACACACUUUACACACACGUCUUUUUUUCUUUCACCGUGAAACUCUUUACCUCUAUGAUAUGUGUACAAUCAGCCAUGUCAACACUUAAAUAUAAUGUUAGUGUCGCCUGAAUGUUAAAAAGGUGAAGGUUGUUUUAGAUACUACAAAAUCAUGUUGGGUGAUUAAUCAGAUAUUGUAAGCAGGAGGAUAUAAACUCAUGCAAGGCUUUAUCAAUGUGCAUGAGCCAUGCAUGCCAUUCAUUAAAAUUUGAUUUGAUUAUUUGGGUCCAUUCCUAUAUGUUAACAUGAGAAACUAGAGAAAAAUCCCCAAUCCCUACCUUCUCCUUAGCCUGACUAAACCUUGUUGACGAUGUCUAACUCUGAAACCUAAUUAAAGCUCUCUUGGACUGCCUGGGCUGUACUUUUUGGUGUUCUAGUUUCCGACUAGAAGGUAAAUCUUGAGAAAAAGCUAUUGAAAUCAGUCUGAUCUGGUAGCUAUGGUACUGCUCAAAGCCUCACAUUGAAGCUUAGAAAGGUUAUGAUUGCAGCAUUGAAUUUCAUUCUCUUACCAUAAUUAUUACUUUCACAUUGAAA